AUGAAAACCACUAUUAUUUUGCUUACUAUUAUUUUAACUUUCGUGCUUGGAACUACACACAGUGCAACAAUAACUUGUGAUCUCAUAGCUACACCUUAUGGAAAUACCUUGGCAACCAACAUUCUCAGAAACGCCUCCACACACCACACCAAAACCAGCUGUCUUGGAAACACCGACCAGAACAAACGCAUCACAGUGCAAGGACAAGUGGAAGCUCUCUACGAAGACUCCUUCAAAGACAUUCCCAAGCUACGUGAAAUAGAAAUCGUAGACGCGACCUUGAAAGAAAUCCAACCAGGAACCUUCAAGGAUCUACCACGGCUAAAAAGUGUAAGUUUGGAGGAUACGAAUCUGCGCGAACUUAAAAGUGGGACUUUCGUGAAUUUGGAAACUUCGUUGUUGUAUCUAGGACGAAAUUCCAUUUCGGUUUUACGUGAGGGAGCUUUCCAGAACUUGUGGAAUCUUCGAGAAUUGAGUCUCGAAAGCAAUGAUUUACGGGAAUUGAAGCGAGGGGUUUUCGGGAACGUGUCCCUCGGGAUCUUUUCCCUGGGGAAUAACAGCAUCUCGACAAUUGAAGCUGGAACUUUCGCGGAAGUCUCAGGACGGGAUAAGUUUGGAAUAGGUUUGUCGUUAUUCAAGAACGAUAUCGAAGAAAUCGACGCCUCAGUUUUUGAUAACAAAGACAUAGUGAGUUUAGAUUUGGGAAAUAACUCUAUUUCGGUACUGCGUCCUGGCGACCUGCGUAAUUUGCCUAAGUUAAGUUCGAUUUCGCUAUCAGGGAACAAACUCAGGGAAGUUCCAGAGGGAGUUUUCAGCGGUUCGAAAAUUACAUCUGUUGUACUCAGCUGCAACGAAAUUUCUUUUAUAGCUGGUGGAGCUUUCGACGACAUGAAAGAUUUGUACUUUGUUGAUGUUAGCAACAAUAGAGUGAAAGAAUGGAGCAAUAAUUGGUUUCGUGGAGUAGAAUCCAGGCUGUCAAUUAUUUUUUCGUAUAAUUCCAUCGAGGCAAUUCCUGCUGACGCUUUCAAGAACGUCCCGGAAUCCAGUUCGUUGGAUCUGGAUCAUAAUCGCAUCCAGGAUAUUCCAGAUGGUGCUUUCGGUGGUAUGAAGGGUUUGAGGCGUCUGGUUUUAAGCUACAAUAAAAUACGAACGUGGAAAAGUGACCUCAUGAGGAACGUGCAAGUAGCAACAUUUGUUGAUCUUCGAGGUAACGAAAUUGGGUGUCCUGAAGGUGGGGCAAAUUCUCUGGUUCCUGGAGCGAAGAUGGUCAUUCUGGACAAUUGUCGUGGGAAAGGAUUUAAGUUUACUUGA